AUGGACCUUCGUGAGAAGCUCCAUGUCAAUUUUUCCGCUGCUGAAAAACAAAAAAUUGAAUCAACAACAGAAUCUCACGAAUAUCAAGCCGAAACAACCAAAAUCCUUGGUAUUUUAAUUGACAACCUCUAUCACAAUAAAGAUAUUUUCAUGAGAGAACUUAUUUCAAAUGCAAAUGAUGCACUUGAUAAGAUUCGCUUUGAAGCUCUUCGCGAUCCAACAGUUCUUGACAAGGGUUCUAAGAAUCUCGAAAUUUUGAUCGAUAUCAACGAGGAAGAAAAAACUCUUUCAAUUACAGAUACAGGCAUUGGUAUGACAAAAGACGAACUUAUUAAUAACCUCGGUGGAAUCGCUAAGUCAGGUACAUAUGAAUUUCAAAAAAUGCUUCAAUCUGGAGAUACAAAUUUAAUUGGCCAAUUUGGUGUUGGUUUCUACUCUUCAUUCCUUGUAUCCGAUAAAGUUGUUGUCAUUUCCAAGUCAAACAACGAUACAAAGCAAUGGAUUUGGGAAUCUGAUGCUUCAUCUUCUUUCACCGUCACAGAAGACCCUCGUGGAAACACCCUUGGCCGCGGAACAUCAAUUAUUCUUCAUCUCAAAGACAAUUGUUACAAUUACGUUGACAGAGAUCGUAUUAUGGCAAUCGUUCGUCAUUAUUCCAUGUUUGUCGAUUUCCCUGUUAAAAUCUGGCACUUCAAAGAAGUUUACGUACAAGUUGAUGAAGCUCUUGACCAAGAUAAAGCUAAUGAUAUCUUUAAUGACGAUGAUGUCGUUGUAGACGAAGAAAGUUCAGACGAAGAGGUCGCAGAUAAACCAAAGAAGAGCAAACCAAAGGGAACCACACUCAAAACAGUAUGGCAAUGGGUACAAGUUAACGAUAGAAAACCAAUUUGGCUCAGAAAACCGGAAGAAGUGGUCGAAAGUGAUUACAAUGAGUUCUUUACCAUAUUCUUCAAGGAGCCAAAGGGUCCAAUGGUUCAUUUACACAAGAAUUUCGAAGGAAGAGUUCAAUUUUCUUCACUUUUGUUCAUUCCAAACGUUCCUCCACCAGCCGACCAAUUAUUCUCACAUUUCACACGCAAUGUGAGGCUCUACGUCAAGAGAGUCCUUGUUUCUGACUCCUGGACCGAUGAAUUAUUGCCAGAUUAUUUGCAUUUCAUCAAAGGUGUCAUAGAUUCAAACGACUUAUCCCUCAAUGUCGACAGAGACAGACUGAUCAAAGAGAACACCCUCAAAUUGAUCAAAAACAAAGUAACAUCCGCGAUAUUAUCUCUUAUCAAGAAAAUGUUCAUGGAAGACCCUCUACAAUACGCUGAGUUCUAUUCCAAGUACGGCGGCAACAUCAAAUACGGCGUUGUCGAUGACGAACAGAAUAAGAGAUUAUUAUCCCAACUUUUGAUGUUCUAUACCUCGUAUUCUCCCAAGAAACUGACCACUUUGGACGACUACCUUGCUCGUAUGAAGAAAGGCCAAGAGAAAAUUUACUGGAUUGGAGCCGCAUCUCUUGAAGAAGCCAAGAACUCACCGUACACACAAGAUCUCCUCUCUAAAGGAUACGAGAUUCUAUUCGCUCUGGAGCCAAUCGAUGUCUACUGCUUCGAGAGAUUGGACGAAUACAACGGAAUUCCGUUAGAUUCACCAGAAAAGUACCAAGGCGACAAGUUCAGUGAAGAAAAGAUCCAAGACGUCUCUUCUUUCGAAGGAAUAACGCAGCGCCAGUUCAACAGAAUCGUUCCUUGGAUAAGAAAAGCGGUUGGAGACAGAAUUGAGAACGUUAUUUUGUCAAAACGUCUCAAGACUGUUCCAGCCAUUUGCACAGCUUCAGGAUACGGAUAUACAGCAUCACACGAGAGAUUGAUGCGUGCACAAAUGGUACAAGACUCCCAAAUGGCUGAUAAUCUGUAUAUGAGCAAGAAGACAUUGGAAUUGAACUAUAACCAUCCAACUGUAAAGGAUUUGUUCAAUAGAAUUAUGACAUAUAGAAAUCUAAAACCAGAACAAAAAGUGGCAACUUUGGAAGACGUUAGAUUGAUUUUUGACGCGGCACUUUUGGCAGGCGGUUAUACAUUGAAUGAUCCAUUGAAUUUCACCAAGAGAGUUUUCCACAUGAUAGGAAGAUCUUAUGAAAUAGAACCUAAAGUUGCUGAGUUCGAGGAUGAAAACAAAAUCUUUUAUCCGAAAGUUGAAGAUGAAUUUGAAUUCGCUCAUAAAAAUCAACCUUUCGUAAAAUUGGGAAGAAAUUACAAGGUUGGUGGUGACGCAAAGGGUGAUGGUGAUGAAGCACCAGCUGAUUUACAUCCUUCAACACCAGAAGAAUGUUAUGCAGGUAUACUUUAG